CACUCCUGUGGGGGAGACAAAAAGAUGAAACAGGACAAUGACUGCUGGUCUAAAAUGGUUCCAGGUGUCUUUUGACUAGAUGUUUCAUGACCUGUCCUUGUUUCCUGAGUAAAAACAGAAACAUAUUGAUGUGUGUUUGGCAUGUUGAAGGCGAUAAUCCUGUGUGCUUCAGUGGAAAAAGAGAAAUGAGAAGGUUAAAACCCUUGUGACGCUCUUCAGAGCUGUUUUUGUCCAAGUGCCUUGGUUUAAGUUUCCCGUCCCUGUGCCAGGUUUCCAUUGGGAUAAUCUUGCCUUCUGACCUGUCACUGGUGACAGGCCCAACUUACUAAGAAUAUUUAUUUAUAAAAUUCAUAACAAACGAGAAUCUUUUUUUUUUUUUUCACUUAAAACAGUUACAUUCUUCAAGGACUGUUCCAGUUUCACAAGAGUGAAAAUGCCCUGUCUUUCCAAUAUAAAGGUUUCUCUUUCUAAAGAAUUCAGUAAAUAGAUACUAUAUUGGUUUUAUUCUCAUUUCAUAUAUGGUUAUUUCUCAGAGGUCAGUAAUAUAAGUAAGUCACUUAAUGUAGAAUACUUUAGACCUUAACUGUUUAUUACGUAUUGCUACAGUGGACUAAGAAAAAAGGCUUUUGUCCAUAUGCCAACACUGCCCAAUCUUGACUUUCACAAAACUGGAGAUGGGAGAGAAGAGGGGAGAACCAGGACAUCACUUUGGCACAAGGGGUGUCAGGGUUUGAACUCAACUCAGGACCUUAUGCCUUCGGAAGUUGCUGAACCUUCAGGGCAGCAAAAUAUUGACGAGGAAGUCAUCUCUUCCGCUUGCAGUCUGGUGUGUGAAUGGGCCCAGAAAGUGUUAAGUCAGCCGUUUGACACGGUUCUGGAGUUGGCCCGCUUCCUUGUGAAGAGCCACUGCAUAGGCACAAAGUCAGUAGCAGCUCUUACUGUAAUGGCGGCGGCAUCACCAGGGCUUAAAGGAGUUACGCCGCCUUCUGCGUUCAUCCCAACAGCUGAAAGUCAUUCUUUUCAACCUCAAGUAAAGACGUUGCAGUCUCCUGUAGAUGCGAAGCAGCAGUUACAACGCAAAAUCCAGAAGAAGCAGCAAGAACAGAAGCUGCAGUCCCCUUUGCCAGGAGAAUCCUCAGCAAAAAAAUCAGAAGGAACCGCAGCCAAUGGAGUGAACACUCUUCCUAAUGGAAACCCUUCCAUUCUCUCUCCUCAGCCUAUCGGCAUUGUCGUGGCAGCUGUGCCUAGCCCCAUUCCGGUCCAGCGGACCAGGCAGUUGGUGACUUCACCAAGCCCAGUGAGUUCCUCUGACGGCAGAGUGCUCCCCCUCAACGUGCAGGUGGUCACUCAGCACAUGCAGUCUGUGAAACAGGCACCGAAGACUCCACAGAACGUCCCAGCCAGUCCGGGGGGGGACCGUUCUGCCCGGCACCGCUACCCUCAGAUCUUGCCCAAACCCGCCAACAGCAGCGCGCUCACCAUCCGCUCUCCGACUACUGUCCUCUUUACUAGCAGUCCCAUCAAGACAGCUGUGGUCCCCACUUCACACAUGAGUUCUCUCAGUGUGGUGAAAAUGACGGCAGUAUCACUCACACCCAGCAACAGCAGCGCGCCUCUCAAAACCACUGCCUCAGCGAGCAGCGCUUCAGGAACCGCUGAGGAGCCAAGGACCUUUCCACAGAUCAAGAAUGGUUCUGUUGUUUCACUUCAGUCUCCAGGAUCCAGGUCCGGCAGUACUGGGGGGACAUCCGCCGUGGAAGUAAAAAUGGAGCCGGAAACAUCAUCAGAGGAGCGUCCUUUGCAGUGCCAAGAGAGCCUUGACUCGAGUAAAGCACCCAGAACAACUACCAGUGCCCUUCCAGGGCAGAAAAGUAAUACAGAUGGGGGAGUGCAAAAGCCUUCGAGUGACAGUGUCACUGAAGUAAAAGCAGCUAAGGUCUGUGACCAGAGGACCAAAUGUAACAGUCGCUGUACUGAGCUUCCACCAGGCACUUCAGCAGGCGGUAAUCAAAGCACCGCCAGUCUCCCAGUCGCCACUCCAAAUGCAACUCUCACCGGCGCCAACUCACCAUCCCACGGCGACUCAACAAACAAAGACCCUAAACCGUGCGCUAAAUGUCCAAGAAAGCGACUUUCUUCCGCACCGCAAGAGUCCCAGGUGCCUCCUGUAAAGAAGCCGAUUGUGGAGCGGCUUCCUGCAGCGCCGGUCGAGGGGCAGAAACCGGGCAGUGGGAAGAAGGACCAGAAGGUCCCACAUCCAGGGCAAACAGAGAGUCCGGCAGCCGGCGCGCAGGCUCCUGACAAGGUACCGGCGAGUGUUAGCACGCACACAGUGGCAGACCAGCCCUUGAACGCCUCUCCUCUCGUGACCACUGAGCUGGCUUCGGAGCAGCAUGCGACACCGUCAUCCUCUCCAGAAGUAAAAGUGAAGCUUGAAAGGAGCGUCUUUCUCUUGGACAGUGAGUCAAAAUCAGAUGGCAGCUUCAGUCCGAACGAAUGGCAGCCGGUCUCUAAGGAAUCCGAGUUGCUACCCGCCACCUGCGAACAGCAGCAGGACAUGAGUGUUCUGUCGCUUCCCGAGCAGCCUGAUACCCAUGACUUAGAGAAGGCCGUCUGGGACUUGGAAGGGAUGCCCCGGGGCCCCUAUACCCCACAGCUGCAUGACCAGAUGCCGGAAUCUUCUCUGAAUCAAAUCCAAGCGCAGACUUCGGCUCAGUUACCUCUCCCGUCUGAACUGGCCGAGUAUGAGCCUUCUGUCUCCCAGACCAACGAAAGCUACUUCCCGUUUGACGACGAGCUCACGCAGGACAGUAUUGUGGAGGAGCUGGUGCUGAUGGAGCAGCAGAUGUCCAUGAACCGUCCCCACACUUACGGAAACUGUCUGGGAAUGGCCCUGCAGAGCCCGUCCGUCACCCCAGGAGCGCCCGUGCCCUCGCACGCCUCCGGCACCCACUUCUACCACCCGAUCCACAGCAGCGGCACUCCGAUCCACACGCCCACCCCCACGCCCACGCCCACCCCGACCCCCACCCCCACGCCCACCUCUGAGAUGAUCGCUGGGUCUCAGGGCCUGUCACGGGAGAGCCCUUGCUCUCGGCUAGCUCAGACCACUCCUGUGGACAGCGCCCUCGGCAGCAGCCGCCACACGCCCAUCGGAACCCCACACUCGAACUGCAGCAGCAGCGUCCCUCCCAGCCCCGUGGAGUGCAGGAAUCCGUUCGCGUUCACUCCCAUCAGCUCCAGCAUGGCGUACCACGAUGCCAGCAUCGUCUCCAGUAGUCCCGUGAAACCGAUGCAGAGGCCCAUGGCCACCCACCCUGACAAAACCAAGCUGGAGUGGAUGAAUAACGGGUACGGUGGGGUGGGGGGCUCCUCAGUGUCUGGCCACGGCAUCCUGCCAAGCUACCAGGAGCUGGUAGAAGACCGUUUCAGGAAGCCUCACGCCUUCGCUGUGCCCGGACAGUCUUACCAGUCUCAGUCCAGACACCACGACACUCACUUUGGCCGCCUGACCCCCGUGUCUCCUGUGCAGCACCAGGGUGCAGUCACUGUAAGCAGUGCUAGCAAGCAGGAGGGUUUCGCCGUCCCUGCCCCUCUUGAUAGCAAAGGAACUAAUGCAUCUGGCAGCGGCAGCUUCAGGUGUCGCAGCGUGAGUCCUGCUGUCCAUCGCCAGCGUAACCUUAGUGGAAGCACCCUCUACCCCGUGUCUAAUCUCCCUCGAUCUAAUGUGACCCCCUUUGGAAGCCCAGUAGCCCCCGAAGUUCAUGUUUUCACAAAUGUUCACACAGACGCAUGUGCCAAUAACAUAGCUCAAAGAAGUCAAUCGGUUCCACUGACCGUCAUGAUGCAGACAGCUUUCCCUAACACUCUACAGAAGCAAACCAACAGUAAAAAAAUAACCAGCGUCCUGUUGAGUAAGCUGGACUCUGACAACGAUGAUGCGGUAAGAGGCCUGGGCGUGAACAACCUACCCUCCAACUACACUGCCCGGAUGAACCUCACUCAGAUCUUGGAGACUUCCACCGUUCUCCCCAGUGCCAACCCACAGAAUAUGAUGGACUCCAGCACGUCUGUGUAUGAAUUCCAAACACCAUCUUACCUCACCAGAAGUAAUAGCACCGACCAGAUCAGUUUUUCUCCUGAGGAAAAUCAAGCACAAUCAGAUAUCGGAGAGCAGCAGUUGGAUUUCAGUAGCACUGUUAAAGACCUGCUGAGCGGAGACAGCCUGCAGACCGGCCAGCAGCUGGCGAGCCAGGUGACAUCAGAUUUGUCGAGUGACAUCAGGCUGUCUUCUGAGCUCUCAGGCAGCAUCAAUGAUCUGAACACUUUAGACCCAAACCUACUGUUUGACCCAGGCCGUCAGCAGGGACAAGAUGACGAGGCCGCACUGGAAGAGUUAAAGAAUGACCCUUUGUUCCAACAGAUUUGCAACGAGUCCAUGAGCUCUAUGACGCCGUCAGGUUUUGAGUGGAUAGAAAGCAAGGACCAUCCUGCUGUUGAAAUGUUGGGUUAGUUGUGUUUUAUGAUAUGUAGCACACUGUAUCUUAAGACAUAUGUAUUGUAUUUGUCUUAAUGGAAGUGCCUCCCGCAGCAGAAACACUUACUAUCACUUGUGACGUUUUCAAAGAGUUUGCUGCAGAAGUGGCUGCUUCUUCAAGUAGGAAAUGAAUGGUUAGACUUGCCUCAGUCGUGACACAUUUCUGAAGACAGUAGGCUGCAGAAGAGCAAGCAUUAGGUCUUUAAACUGUUUGACAUCCCCCCCCCCCACUUAAUCCCAUUGUUUGCUAGUAAGCAGGUGACUAACCAGCUUUUACAAGAACAGUUUAGAUCUUUAUUUUGUGUAAGUUCAUUUUGAUUCAUCAGUUGACCUACUCAGAAUUUAGAGGAAACCAUUGAUUUUUAGGGGUAGGCUUUUUUGCUGAGUUGGCAUUGUCUUUUAUUAGAUGUGAGAUCAUAGCUAAGAUGUAGACACGGAGGUCUUCCUUGAAAACAGGGAUAAUAUUCAGGUUCUUCUAACUAUUUGAGCUACUGUAGAAUGAAAGAUCUCUGUAGAACAUUCUGGGACUUCAGUACCACUUGCACCUGCAAUGAAGGGCUUGAAUAGGAGAAAAUAAUGGAGGAUUACAUGUUAAUUUAAGGAAAGCAGAAGCUGCACUAAAGUUUUAAAAAAGAAAAGCAAGUAGCCAUUUUUAUCGUGACCUUGCAUUCAUCUUAUUUUAAUGUGUUGACUUUACUAUGGAGCUAACACAUAGCAUAGACACACGAAACAGCUUCAGGCACUAGCAUUUCCCAGAGUAAAAUGCAAGCAUGUUGGGAUGACACUGUAUGUCUCACUAUCUGAUAGUUGAGAUUGAGGAAUUCCGAAAAACAAGCAUUUCUCAGCUUCAUCACAAUGGCUGAAAAAAUGUACUCAAAUCUGUCUGAUGCUUUUUUUUUUUUUGGCAGGGGGAGGACAUU